UUUUGGGUGUCAAUUUUGUCUGUAAAUUGUAGGCAUUUCAUUAGUUUUCUUGACAAUAUUGUUCCAAUAAAUAAAUAGGAAUUGAAGAAAAAUGAUGAAUGAUGAACUUCAUAAUUUUUUUUUAAAAAAAUAAAUCAAAAUUACUUAUUAAAAAAAAAAAAAGGCUAAAAAGAAGAAGCAAAAGAUUAUUGAUGAGGUAGUGGAAGGCAAGGCAGAGGCUCAUGCUCGUCGGUCAUCUGUUGUCGUAUGAGAGAAGAUGCACUGCCUCAAACUCAAAACAAUGCUUUUGCCAUCGCUACAAUGCUCUUUCAACACACUUGGACCUUGUUUAACCCUCAAAACAAAAAUCAAGUGCUUUUCUUCCUCUUCUUCUUCGUUGCAGUACACACCGUGGUCUGGUCUCCAAACCUGGAGAGAUAGCCCGGUUAAUGAAGAUCGUAGUUGGGGACCCAAUGGCCCCCAACCCCAACCAUUGCCUUUACACUCACAGCCCUCCACACCUGAUUCUUCCUGCGACUUUCAUAUACUCGCAUCCUCAGCUUCGUCUCUUGCGGAGCUCGGUGCUCUGGUUCUCUCAACCAGUGACCCUCUCACAAAGUCCAGGCUUUCUCAUCUCGCUUACACCAGGUGGCGCCAUGAGAAUCUCCCGAUUGGUGUGGCCGAACCGCCGUCUCGGCCGGCUCGACCCCCUAAACCCGAGCUGGUAUCUCCAAAGGAAAUUCCAGCUCCAAAAAACUCAGCGUUGCCUCUCAAUGCUUAUAUGCUGCAUAAUCUUGCUCAUGUGGAGCUAAAUGCAAUUGAUUUGGCUUGGGAUACUGUUGUUCGGUUUUCGCUAUUCAGUGAAACACUUGAGGAGGGGUUCUUUGCUGAUUUCGCUCAUGUUGCUGAUGAUGAGAGUCGCCAUUUUGCUUGGUGUUCACAGAGACUUGCCGAGCUUGGUUACAAAUAUGGAGACAUGCCUGCUCACAAUUUGCUUUGGAGGGAGUGUGAGAAAACAUCUGAUAAUGUUGCUGCACGUUUGGCAGCAAUCCCACUAGUACAGGAGGCUAGAGGACUUGAUGCUGGGCCUCGACUUGUGCAAAGAUUGGUGGGUUUUGGAGACCUUAGAACGUCAAAUAUUGUCGCAAAAAUUGCUGAUGAAGAAGUUGCUCAUGUAGCUGUUGGAGUGGAUUGGUUUAUUGAUGUCUGUCUGAAAUUGGGUCGUCCUCCAUGCUUCACUUUUAAAGACUUGUUAAAAGAAUAUAAUGUGGAGUUAAAAGGGCCGUUCAAUUAUUCAGCUCGAGAUAUAGCUGGCAUUCCGCGUGAUUGGUACGAUGUAUCUUCUACGAACAAACAAGAUGAAAAUAAGCAGCUUUCUGCAGUUUAUGCGAGGCUUGCUUCAAUUAUAUCCAUGGAGAGUCAGAAUUCAAGUUUAAAUACCCCUUCUCCUUCUCCUGAAUGAUGAGCUAUGGCAAUCAACGAAGAUGCUUAUAUAGGUAUUAGGUUCUAUGUUUAGUACAUCUGAUAUAUGGGAGCUAUUUCUUUAUCCUUUGUAGCUAGCUAUUUUGUAUAUUCUCAUCUUUGCCACACCUCAUAUAUAUAAAUUUAAGCGCAAUUCUGUAAUGAUUUGUUAAGAACAGUUACUUUAAAUAAUCAUAUCUUUGUAAGAAUAGGCAGCUGGUAGAGACACCGAUCAAUUUUAAAUAACAUGAAAUGUGAACUCAACCAAUGAAGGCUGCUCUAUCAUCUUCAUGGUUAUCAAGAAGGAUAAGUGACUGACUGACUAUAAGGGAAGAAUAUGACUGACUGUUAUUAUAGGUCACACACAGAAAGCAAUGCCUUUUCCUUUUCCUUUGCUGUAAGUGAUCUUGGUUAUCUAUAUAAUUUUAAUUUUCA